AUGACAGAAUAUGAAAACUGGUCGAAGCAGCAGUUGAUAGACAAAAUAAGAGAGUUAGAGUCUUUGAAUAACACCAAACCAGAAGAUUCGAUAUCUACUCCAGAUCAAACAUUAAUCCAACCUACUGAAAAUACAACUACCAAAGUAUCUGAUAAGAAGAAGAAGAAAUUUGUAUUUUCCAAUCAUCCAACCAGAUUCAUUGCUUUGAAAUUUGCAUAUUUAGGUUGGAAUUAUAAUGGUUUAGCAUUUCAAUAUGAACCAACUCCAUUACCAACAGUCGAAGAAGAAAUCUUAAAAGCAUUGGAGAAAGCUAGAUUAAUCCUGGAAGCUGACCCAAGUUGCUGCAAAUUUAGUAGAUGUGGUAGAACUGACAAAGGUGUCAGUGCAAUGAAUCAAGUCAUAUCACUCAAUGUUAGAUCCAAUUUAUCCCUUGAAGAACAACAAGAUAAAGUAAAUGAUAAUAAAGAAUUACCUUACAUAACAAUUUUGAAUUCCUUAUUACCGUCAGACAUCAGAAUAACUGCUUUGAGUCUCAGACCACCUGUUGAUUUUGAUGCUAGAUUCAGUUGUAAGUACAGACAUUAUAGAUAUUUGAUCAACAAAGAAGGAUUAGAUAUCGACCUCAUGAACGAAGCUGCGGCUAAGUAUGUUGGAAUUCAUGAUUUCCGUAACUUCUGUAAAUUAGAUGGAUCCAAACAAAUAACAAAUUAUAACAGGGAAGUUUACAGUUCCAAAAUAAUAGAACAUGAUGAUGAUUUCUAUAUCUUUGAUUUAAAAGGUUCAGCAUUUUUAUGGCAUCAAGUACGUUGUAUGGUAGCUAUUCUUUUCACAGUUGGUCAAAAAUUAGAAGCACCCACUCUUGUCGAUGACUUGUUGAAUGUUGAAAAAUAUCCUACCAAACCCAAUUAUGAAAUGGCCAACGAUAUACCGUUGAUUCUUUAUGAUUGUGUUUUCCCAGAGAUGGAGUGGUAUAAACCAAGUGAGUUACCUAACUUCAAUAAAGCUUUCAAAGAGUUCAAUAAGUUUAAAGGUUCAAACAUGGAUUACAAUUUGAAGACAAGAGUCUCCAACAUAAUGAAGGAUAUGGUCAUCCAGGAUGAAGAAAAAUCCCCAGUAGAAGGAAAGUUUGUCAAUUUAGGAGAUGGUAAGGGAAGAAAUUUCAGAAAUUAUGUGCCUAUAUUAAAGAGAGAUUUCGGAGAAUCUUUUGAAGUUGUCAAUGAAAGACAUCGUAUCAAAAAACUUUCUAAAACUCAAUCCACCUGA